AUGUCUGAGAGUACAAGUAAAUCUACAGAGCCCAAGAAUGACAGAACGCAAGGUACAAGUGGUAACAGUGAUCGAGUACCAAAGAAAGGUAUUGCACUUAUUGGGGAUUCAAUAAUCAAAAAUGUUAGUCCGGUAAAACUCUCAAAAAGGAAAGUUUAUAAAUUCACAUAUCCAG